UCCUAUUGCCUGGUAUCGUGUAUAGAACAUUAACCUAUAAAUAUUAUUGUAUAAGUUGUACAAUAAUAUAUUAUUAAUUAAUUUAGGUUAACUAAACUAAAUUAAUAAUAAUUAUAGCACUAAGUUUUUAUAUAUUAUUAAGUAUAUAAGUAUAUAUAUUAUUAAGUGUAUAUACGAAAUGCCACGGUCGAAAAUUUCCGAUUUAUUGGGUGUACUUAAGGGAGCCCAGAGUGUGGCGAAUGCUAUGGUAAAACAUCAGGAAAAUGCAAUCAAAUACAGAAUCACGCAUUCUAGUUUAAAGAAUCUACCUAAGCAAUGUAUUCAAGCUACAGAAAAAAAAUUGAAUAACAUAGAACCAAGUAAGAUUUCUGAACAGAUUGUUGAAAACUUAAAAGAAGUAGUGGAACGUGUUAGUAUAGUUGAAGAAGGUAUUAGCAAAUAUAUAACGAUAAAUGUUAGUCAAAUUUUGGGUAUUAAAGAUGCUGCUUGUGUUCCUGAAAAAAAAACAAAAUUACAUGUGUACAAUGUUGCAAAAGAUCCUAAGGAAUUGCCAGUUACUGAAGAUAUCACAACACUUAAACAUGAUAACAGCAAACCUGUAUUUCAAAAAGCUUUGAAAGACACACAAAAUAAUAAUAUGACAUGGAAAUAUAUGACAGUAAAGGAGAAGAUUCAGACUAUUACCACUUUGAAUAAUCAGAUACCUGAUAUAGAAUUGUCUAGUAAAGACAAAGAAAUGUUCAGAAAAUUAGAACUAGAACAUGAGAAAAAUAUGAAAAGUAAGGCUGUAGAUUCUGUUCCUUUAUCUACUUAUAAAGCACAGAAGAAGGAACAUAUAUAUACAGAAGUAGAGUCUGAGGAAAAAUUGAAAUCUAAAUUACCGGUUAAGCCAAAGCAAUCUUUAUCACCUACUGCUAGAGAGAGAAAAGUUCCAUCUACACGAUUACAAAGAAUGGUAAGCUUUGGAACAUUAGGGGUUGGUCUUGGUAUUGGUACAGUCGCUGAAUAUACACGCAGGACACUAGGAAUAAAAGAACAGAGUAUUGGAGAUACAGUUGACAACAUGUUCCUUACUAAAGCAAAUGCAGAACGAAUUGUCUCAACAUUGUGCAAAGUGAGAGGUGCAGCUUUAAAAAUUGGCCAAAUGUUGAGCAUUCAAGACAAUAAUAUCAUAAGCCCUGAGUUACAGAGAGUAUUUGAGAGAGUCAGGCAAAGCGCUGAUUUUAUGCCAGUCUGGCAAGUGGAGAAAGUAUUAGCAGGCGAACUUGGACAUGACUGGAGAAAUAAAUUAGCGACUUUUGAGGCGAAACCAUUCGCGGCAGCUUCCAUCGGACAAGUACAUCACGGUACCUUGCACAAUAAACAAGAUGUAGCGAUAAAGAUUCAAUAUCCGGGUGUGGCUAUGGGUAUCCAGAGCGACAUAGAGAAUUUAGUGGGCAUAAUGAAGGUGUGGAAUAUAUUUCCAGAGGGUAUGUUCAUAGACAACGUAGUAGAAGUUGCGAAACGAGAACUCGCAUGGGAAGUAGACUAUAUAAGAGAAGCAGAAUGUACGAGGAAAUAUAGAGAAUUUGUAGCACCUUAUCCCGAUUAUUAUGUGCCUAUGGUAAUAGAUGAACUCUCAACGCAACGAGUAUUCACGACGGAGAUGAUUGACGGCAUUCCCGUUGAUAAGUGCGUCGACAUGGACAUUAAGAUUCGAGAACAUAUAAGCGAAUUGCUGAUGCGUCUGAGUCUACAGGAAUUAUUCGAGUUUCGAUAUAUGCAAACUGACCCGAAUUGGUCCAACUUCUUUUACAAUCUCGAUACAAGACAGUUAAUUCUACUGGAUUUUGGAGCAUGCAGAACUUACAAAAAAGAGUUUAUGGACAAGUAUAUUGAAAUUAUUAAUGCCGCGAGCGAGGGAAAUCGUGACAAGGUUUUAGAAUUAUCGAGAGAAAUUAAAUUUCUCACCGGAUAUGAAUCAAAGAUUAUGCAGCAAGCUCAUGUGGAUGCGGUUAUGAUUCUCGGACAAGUGUUUGACAAAAAUCACGAGUAUUACGAUUUCGGUGGACAAGAUGUCACAAAACGGAUUCAGGCUUUAGUACCAACUAUAAUAACUCACCGAUUGUGCCCACCACCCGAGGAGAUAUACAGCCUUCACAGAAAAUUGUCAGGAAUAUUUUUGCUCUGCGCAAAGCUCAGAGCUAAAAUCAAAUGUCGAGACGUGUUUCGGGAAAUUUAUGUAAACUACAAAUCCAAAUAAUGUUAAUGUUUUUAUGUAAUAAAGAAAUGUUAUUUUUAUA